UUGUUCAAAUAAUAUACUUUAUAAUAUCUUAAAUCGUGAUAAAAAGUAAAAACUAUAAACCAUAGACCUAUAAAAGUAUCAACUAUAUAAAGUUAGUUAAUAGGUCUAUGCUUUAAACCGUCUUUAGUCGGUAUUUAUUGUCACUUCAUUGAACUUGGCUUAAAAAAAAAAGUUUAAAAUGUCUCUAAAACGGAAUGUACCGCCGCCGGUGAAGGGUAUUUUGGACAUUGACUCAAAACUUACUUCAGUUAUUUGUAACUCAAUUUCUAGGUUUUUGCCCGUUCGCAGUUUUACCACAUAUUACAAAGGAUUAGAGUAUUCGUGUCAUGGAAUUGUAUGGAUUGCCUGUUGGUUGACUUUCAUUUGGUUUGCUUGGUCAAAAUCUUUGUUUCAAAUGCAAGUUAACCUUCUUAUUGGAUUAUUUAUUGAUAUUUUUGCGGUUGCUACUAUAAAAGCAUUUGUUCGUCGCCGUCGACCUGUAGGCAACAAGAAUGAUCAAUGGGUUACAAUUGGCCCUGAUGUCUACUCUUUUCCGUCAGGACACGUGUCUAGAGCAUUUUACAUAUUAUUUUAUUUUUAUAAAUUGUAUCCGUUAAAUGAAUUUAUGGUAUUGUUUUUAUGUGUUUGGGCAGUUGCUGUGGCUUUUAGUCGAAUACUUUUAAGACGUCAUCAUUUAUUAGAUGUAAUUGCUGGCGCUGUAUUAGGGUAUUUUAUAUCAUUUGUAGUAUCUGUAAUUUGGAUCGACCAAAUUACAGCCGAGUAUUUGGUAUCGUAUGUGUCAGAUGAUAAAUUGGAGGGUGGAGAAUAUCAUGUGUAAAUUUUAACUAAACAUUUAUAUUAUAAUAAAAAAAAUAUAUUUAAAAAAUAUUAAAAAUAAUAUAAUUAUAAUGUGUAAAAUCAAGAAAUAUAUUGUACAUUUUUAAUAGA